AGCUGAUGGAAGCAUGCAAACCUUGCAGAGUAAAAACAAGGUUGAUUCUUAAGCAGUGCAUUAGGAGACGAUGGAGGACGUAAUAGCCCGCAUGCAGGAUGAGAAGAAUGGAAUUCCUAUCCGCACUGUGAAAAGUUUUUUAUCCAAGAUUCCAAGUGUUUUUUCAGGUUCUGACAUUGUACAGUGGAUGAUCAAAAACCUGAAUAUUGAAGAUCAAGUGGAGGCCCUUCACCUGGGGACCCUGAUGGCUGCCCACGGCUACUUCUUCCCCAUAUCAGACCAUGUACUCACACUGAAAGACGAUGGCACUUUCUACAGGUUUCAGACCCCCUACUUCUGGCCAUCAAACUGCUGGGAACCAGAGAAUACAGACUAUGCCGUUUACCUCUGCAAAAGAACAAUGCAAAACAAAGCUCGUCUGGAGCUGGCAGACUACGAGGCGGAGAGCUUAGCGAGGCUACAGAGAGCAUUUGCCAGAAAAUGGGAGUUCAUAUUUAUGCAAGCAGAAGCACAAGCAAAAGUUGACAAGAAAAGAGAUAAGAUUGAGAGGAAAAUUCUCGAUAGUCAAGAAAGAGCGUUUUGGGAUGUGCACAGACCAGUGCCCGGAUGUGUAAACACAACAGAAGUUGACAUAAAGAAGUCCUCCAGAAUGAAAAAUCCCCAAAAGACAAGAAAGUCAGUAUAUGGGCCUCAGAAUGAUGUGCGAACCCACAGCCCCACCCACACCCCUGCCCCAGAGGCCAAGCCAGCCACAGAGGAGCAGCUACAGGACCAGAUCAAUUAUUGGGGAGGGCAAUUAGACAGACAUCGACUGAAAAUGUCCAAAGUGGCUGAGAGUUUGUUGGCCUAUACAGAGCAGUAUGUGGAAUAUGACCCCUUCAUCACGUCGACCGACCCCUCCAACCCCUGGAUCUCAGAUGACACCGCAGUAUGGGAGCUGGAGGCUAGUAAGGAGCCAGGUCAGCAGAGGGUGAAGAGGUGGGCGUUCGGCAUCAACGAGGUUCUCAAGGAUCAGGUGGGGAGGGAGCAGUUCCUCAAGUUCCUGGAGUCUGAGUUCAGCUCAGAGAACCUGAGGUUCUGGCUAGCGGUCCAGGAGGUAAAGAAGAGGCCCAUCCGGGAGGUCCCGACCCGGGUUCAGGAGAUCUGGCAGGAGUUCCUGGCCUCUGGAGCUCCCAGUGCCAUCAACGUUGACUCAAAGAGCUAUGACAAGACCACCCAGAACGUCAAGGACCCUGGACGCUAUGCCUUUGAGGACGCACAGGAUCACAUCUUCAAGCUGAUGAAGAGUGACUCCUACAGCCGCUUCAUCCGUUCCAGUGCCUACCAGGAGCUGCUACAGGCCAAGAAAAAGAAAAGUAAGAACUUGUUUUGAAGGAUUUUACAUCCAGGGGAAAUCCCUUACAUCAAAGAGGCUGACCAACCUUGUGCCAUCAUGCUAAAAUACAGCCACUCUGCAAUAUAGAGGAGGACCAUUUCUACGUCAUUUCUACGUCAUUUCUACGUCAUCGCCAUCUGCUUUCCACUCAGACGAUGAGCUGGGCAGUACAUCAGAUGUUGCAUGUCCAAGGAGAAGGCUUGUUAUUUCUUUUACCUGAUCUAUAUCUACUAUUGGCGAGGACAUUCAUUUUGGGACAGGUAGGCAUUUUAGGACAGACAUUGAGACUGGAUAAUGCCUUUACAGAAAGUCAGUGUCCAGUUACUUCCACCAUAUCUGAUGGACACGCGUGUUCCUCUCCAGCUGAGCUAAUGAUGUCAGAAAGAAACGACAGCUUAACAGUAAAAUCGAAUCACAAUAUUAUUAUUAUACAUACAGUUCACGAUCUGUAAUCACACCUACUUUUGUCACGCUAAGGGAAGUGUUGUGCAGUAUGCAUAUAUAUAAAUUAUUAUGUUUAUUUUGCAUUGCUUUUAUUGCACUACAGUAAUUAGCACAGUUUUCAUUACAUGUGUAAAGUCUCAUUCAAGCUGCUGUCUUUUGUCUUCUGUAGAACGCACUUCUUUGUUACUCUCUCCUGCAUUUAUUUUUAUACCAUAUUUAAAGACACUUAAAAAUGUAUUAAAGUUGUCCCUUUA